AACAACAAGAAGUGCAUCCUUGCUGUUGUGCCUGUCUCCAGCAUCACUAGUAGAGACCACUACUCUCUGUGGAUGCGGUGCCUCUGUGCUUUCACUAUUCUUAGUCCUUGUUUAGAGGAUUUAAUGUAGACUUGGACUACUUGCUUUCUUUUUUUAUUAUUACUGUUGUCUUUUUCUCGAGGUUUUCCGUCUGUGAAACAAAAAGAUUUCAAGAUACAGAAACUCCGGAAAACCAGCGACCACCUCGCUUGGCAUCUGGAAUAACCUUUCUUAGCGGUUAUUCGCCUCCACAAGCAUCUUCUUUCUCUGGGUGGCAUGACAAUUCAUGAAUGCGUCCAAGGACAUGUUUGCACAUUACGCAUGCACCGUGGCGGUAUAGUAGGCUCCACGCUGGAAGUCGCCUCCCAUGUGGCCAUCGGGAGUGGGGAGCAGGCAGGCGUGCCCGCGGGAGUCGGCGUUGCGCAGGGCGGCCAUCAGCGGCAACAUCAACGCCCUGCCGCCGCACCAUGUCCCCACCGGCCGCAGCGUCCGGAUCUUCAUCUGCGCUAACCCCGAUGACACAGAAGCAGAGAGGAAUGCACUGAAAGAGCACGUCUACCCUAAACUGCGAGACUUCUGCAGGGAGAACUAUGGGAUUGAAUUCCAGGUGGUGGACCUGUACUGGGGAGUCGAUCCAGAGGAGUGGGACAAUCCAGACCUGCAGAGACUCCGAAUGAAACUUCUGGAAGAAUGUCUGAAGACGUCAGCCGGGCCAUGCUUUGUUGGUCUGGUGGGUGAAAAGUACGGCAGCAUCCGAGUGCCGGGCGAGGUGGAGUCGGCGGAGUUCGAGAUGAUCCUGGACGCGGCUGUGGAGGCGGGGCUGGACACCCACAUUUUGGAGGAGUGGUACUGCAGGGAUGAAAACUCUGUGCCACCCGCAUACUACCUCAAACCCAAAGCCCAAAUGCUGAAGAACUACCAGAACUCUAUGGAGUCGAGCAGCGCAGCAAAGACCAAGAAUGACAAGGCCUGGAGGAAUGUGUCAGAGGAGAUCAAGAGGAUCUUCCGGACGGCGGUUCUGCAGCUGCAAGAGAAAGGAACCAUGAAGAGCGCGGACGCCAACAAAUUCCUUUGCUCUGCUUUGGAGGAUGAAUUGGACUUUGCCCUCGGGAAACAAACACCCGCCUUCCUCAGGAAAUGCGUCUGCUACAUACGCAAGAUCUCUAACUUCGACCGCUUCGCCAAGAUCCCUGAGAUGACCCGCUACAUGGACAUCGUAGUGAGCGCCGACCGCGUCAUGCGCAACCAGGAGGCCUACGAGCGCCUCUUGAAAGUGCGCGACGAGUUCAUCCCCACCAUCGUGGCCGCCUCCAACCUCCGCGUCUACUCUUCGGUCACUCACUGCGACAUGAAGCUGGGCUACUCCCAGGAGGUGGAGAGCCACUACGUGGAAGGUCUCUGCAAGCAGUUCUACGAGGACAUGGUGGACAUCAUCCAGGCCACCGUGCAGCAGAACUUUGACACAGAGACCGACCUACUGUAUGAUGAGAUUCUGCAGCACCUGUCCCUGUGUAAGACCUACGCGACCCUCUAUAAGUACAAGUCAGAGACUCUGGAUUACGUGCAGGAGUACCUCAUGCCGUCUAAAGGGAGCAGGAUGAGCCCUCUGGUGGUGUACGGAGGGCCCUGCACCGGAAAGACGCUCCUACUGUCCGAAGUGGCCAAGCAGGCCUACACAUGGCUUCAAAAAGAGAUGGGUCCAGAAACAGAUCCAGUGGUCAUCGUCCGAUUUAUUGGCUCCAGCCAGCUCUCCACUGAUCUACGAACUCUUCUCCAGAGCAUCUGUGAGCAGAUUGCAAUAAACUACCGCUGCCUGAUUCACUUCUUGCCUAACAAGAUUCAGGAGAUGAGGGAGCUUCUAAUCAACCUCCUUGGGGAGUCAUCCUUCCACAGGCCCCUGGUCAUUGUCCUGGAUGCCAUGGAGCAACUUUCUGAUGCUGACGAGGCCCGUAAGCUGUGGUGGCUUCCCGUACACCUGCCUCGCACCGUCCGCAUAGUUGUAUCAACACUGCCCAACAAACAUGGUAUUCUGCAGAAGCUGCGUCAUCUCAUUCAUGAUGAGAGGUACUAUGUGGAGUUAAUACAGCGAGACCGAAAGGUCUGCAGCCAAAUGUUAAAACAGCAGCUGCUUGGGGUGAAGAGGAAAGUAACAUCAGGCCAACAGAUCUAUGUCAAUGAGGCACUUGCCAAGUGUACUUUGCCCAUGUUUGUCAACCUCAUCUACAGAGAAGUAGUUCACUGGAGGUCUCACAAAGAUGUCGAUGAUAAAUCUCUGUGUUCAACAGUACACGAAAGCAUUGAGCAACUCUUCUACUCUGUGGAGAACAAACUAGGCCAACGAUUUGUCUUCAGGGCACUAGGAUAUGUCACCAUGGCAAAGGCAGGGCUAACGGAGGUUGAGUUAGAAGACAUCCUAUCUCUUGAUAACAUUGUUCUUGGAGACGUCAUAGUACCAAGUUACCUUAAAAAUCCACUAAGGAUUUCCUACGAGCUACUUGCUAAACUCAAAGAAGAGCUGGAAGGCUAUCUGGUUGAGCGGCAAGUAAGAAAUGUCACACUGAUGGUUUGGGCCAACAGGCACCUACAUCUCAUCGCCCAGAAGCUCUACCUCAGCAAUGAGGAGGAUGUACAUCAAAUGCACAGUCUCUUGGCUGAGUACUUCCUUGGAGCAUGGUCAGGAGGCAGGAAGAAGAUCUUUACCUAUGACAAUAACCAUUUCACUUCCCUGAAUAUUUCACACCACAAAAACCCUCAUCAUCAACAGUCACAUGAAAAAACAUCCUCUGAUAAAUACUCAUACGACAGACAGACUCCUGAACAGCCUUGGGUUUUCCAGUGCAACCUGCUGGAGCCUGACAUCUUCUUCGUCAAUCACAGAAAGAUGACAGAGCUGGUGUACCACCUGACCAGGAGUGGCCGGACCGACGAUCUCAUGUUUGGUGUCAUUAUGAACUUCAGCUGGCUUUACACAAUGAUCAAGAUUAGUCAGUUUGAUAAAGCUAUAACAGAUAUUGAUCUUGCUUACACAUGCAGCCAAGAAAAGGAGCUAAAAUUUCUGGCCGCCACUCUCCGUAGCAUUAAGGUGAAAGUACUAAAGAAUCCUGCAUCACUGUCUGCAGAACUGCAGCAAAGGCUUCUGCCAGUUGUCACCUCCCUGCCUAAACUCAGACACCUUCUUCUGGAGUGUGACAAAGAUGGUCCCAAGUACUGCUCCAUUGUGCCUCUCCACUCCUCCAUGGACGUAACCUACAGUCCAGAGAGGCUUCCUCUUUGCUCCAGCUACAUACAGAUUGUGGAGAUUUUACCCACACUAGCCCCAAACAUAGUCCUUGUAGCACUGGAAGAUGGAUCUAUCAGCACUUGGGAUGUAGAAAGCAGGCAGCUCCUUCGGCAGAUUGACACAGCCAGAUCUGUUGUGCUGGGAAUCAGACUAACCACCGAUGAGAAGUACCUGGUGGUUGCCACAACCAAAAAUACUCUGCUCAUCUAUGAUAAUCACAAAUCCUGCCUCUUAUCAGAGGUUGAAAUUAAAGGGUCAAAGCACAGUGGUGUUGCUGGAGGAGUUGCUUUCAUAAACGGUUUUACGCUUUCUACCCACCAUGCACUUGCAUGGCUUGAGGCUAGUAAGGAUGUCAGUGUUAUUGACCUUGUGUACGGCUGGCCCCUCUACCAGUUCCAUUGCUGGUAUGAAGUAACCUGUGUCCAAUGCUCACCAGAUGGCAUGUAUGCCUUUUGUGGCCAGUACCUGAACACAACAUCAGUCUUUCAUCUAGGAAAUGGAGAAAAGUUAUCUACUGUGACAUCAGAGUUCUCUGGGGGGUUUGUCAAGUCUAUCCUAGUACUGGACACUCUUAGCCAAAUGGUAAUGAUUGACAAUGAGGGAAGUCUAUCAGUGUGGAACACCAAAGAGAUAACCAACCCAAAGCUGAUGGAGGAUUAUGAUUGCAGGGGGGAUGAAAGUGAAGUUGUGGGCAUUGAAUUGUCUGAAGAUCAGCGUUCCAUUCUCAUUUGCAAGGCCAGUAGUAUUGAGGUUCUGGAUACAAAAGUAUGGAAAAUGCUGGAGAAAUUCAAAGCUAAACGUAGUGAGCGAUUUGUUGCUGCUGUUCUCUCCAAAAAUGGACAAAGCAUUGUUGCCUCAAUGGAGAAUACUUCAUCUAUUUUUGUCUGGAGGAGAGACAGCGGGCAGUGCAUGGCCAGCCUGAUUGAGAUCUCAGGAGCUAUUGUGAAACUCAUAAAAUCAGCCCACCACAACCUGCUUCUUUCUGUAGCCAGCAGUGGCGUUUUAUCUGUCUGGGACAUUGAUAUAAUUACAGCCAUGUCUAACAUCGAUAAAACAGGCAAGAAGAUCCAGACGUUACAGCUGACUGGGCGAGAGGACUAUGUAUUCACCAUGGACGGCUCAGAGGCAGUCCACAAGUGGAACUUUAGCACCGGGUUUAUUGAGACGGUCUUCAAACACGAGGGCAUGGUGGAGAACUGUGUCCUAACCUCCUCAGGGGAUCUCAUGGUGACUUCGGACGACAAGUCCAGUCAGUAUAUCUGGCAAACCAACACCGGAGAAAACAUCUUCCGCAUAAACGGACAGAGAAUCUCACAGCUGCUGAUCACCCACAAUGACCAGUUUGUGGUUUCUCUCUGUGAGCAGAAUGCCUCAAGGGUCUGGAGACUGGCUACUGGGCACAAAGUCUGCAACAUUUUAGUCAGCCUCCAGAAUGCACUUAUCACUACAGCAAACACUUUUCUGGUGGGCACUUCCAAGAAUAAACUGCUUGCUGUGAGUCUGUGGUCGGGCAGUGUAUCCAAGAAAUUUGUCUGCGAUGAUGGCAUUACCAUUGUCAACUUCAAGCUCAUUCCAGACUGUCCAGAUUGUGUGGUCUUUAUCACGUCCACAGAAACGGUCUUCAUCUGGAGUGUGGCGGAUGAGUCAGUCUGCAGGAGAGUCCAGUUGCCGGCCAACUUCCUUAAAAAUCUCGAAGAUUUUCAAAUCUCACCCAAUGGAAAGUUAGGAAUAGUCUCCAAAGGUGAUGAGAACAUUAAUGUCCUGGAUCUUCACAGUGGAAAGCUAAGGCUUGUCCAUGCAGCCGGUAUUAUCUGGCGUCAGAAAUUAUCAAGAGAUGGCCGUUAUCUAGUGUAUGUUUGUUUCCGCAACUGUGAUGAGGAUGACGAGGCCGGGGUGGUGUCUAAUUUGAUCGUAAUGCGUCUUGCUGACGGCAAGAGCAUCGGCACAUGCUCACUUUACAAAACUCCCACCUUCCUGUCCCUGUCCCAACGUGCACUAAACAUCAUCAUUGGCUUCGAGGACGGUAGCAUUGGCACAUACACGGUUGUGGACCGCGUGGACGCCGCCCUUAAGAUAAAGAUAGCCACCUCCAACAGCCGACAGAUUGUCAACAAUGCUUCACAGAAGGUGCGCCCCAAAUGUGGCAACCAUUCAUUCAAGACUGUUGCCGACUGCAUCUGGAGGGAAUCGACAGAAGUCUUCUCAAGGGACAGCCCCAUUAACGUGUCGGACUCAGGAGAAGGGGAGUCGACCACACCUACAAAGAAGACUGAACUGCUGCAGUGAAAACUUGGGGGGGAGUUAAGACAAGAGACGGGGGGAUAGAGCUAGGAAUCUCUGGGGUUGCAGUUGAUUCUUGUUUACAGCCACGUGAUUCAGCUGCAGAUGUCAGCCCUGUGGGUAGUUAUUGGGUUGACAAUUUUAACGCUGCACUCAAAUGAUGUAUUACUUACUUCCAAUAUAUGAUACACUUUCUGUUAGUUUCAAACAUGAAGACUGUUAGAAAAUGUUCUGUUUUACAAAACAAAAAAAGUAUAUUCUGUAUUAGUUUACCAUUAUGUGUCCUUUUGCAUUUGAAGAACAAAAUUCGUAUCAAAAUGUCUUGUUUAAGCAUUUUCCAAUCCAGUCCAGUGAUCUUUUGUAUCCACUGUUUGUUAGCCACCUUUUUUAUUUUAUUUUCUUCAUAAACAUUAAGCCAUAAUGUUGUUCCAAAAGUGUAUUUCCGUGUUUGUAUUAAUAUCAGGUGGUACUGUACAAAAAGGAUGAACAAAUGUAUAGAACAAAUCUCAUUUUGGCUGCUGCAAUUUGUGCAACUCCUUAAAAAUGUUACGUUGUGCUUAAUGCAAUCAAAGUGAGUGCCUGGAAAUAAAUAAAAAAAAUGCUCAUCACGUACAGAUCACAAAAUUAAUGAAAGUGCAGGGACUUUGUAAACAUAGUACACACACUGUUGUAUAUUAAUUGCAUUUGAUGCCGAUUCUACUGAAACCCAGUCAACAUCAGGAGAGAACCGCAACGCAACUCUGAAAAUUGAUUGCUUUAUAAUUUUUGGAACUGUUUACAUAGAUUUUAAUAUAAGUUCACCUGCUGUUCCAUCAGUUCGCGUGCAGGCUGUUUUUAUGGGGAACACCACUAUUGAGCAUACAGUGUAGCAUAGCACCACGCACAUUAACGCCUUAACCUGUGUACUUGCUUUAGGUUCUGUGGAGUCUGUUUGUCCAUUAUAAAAGGACAGAAUGAGUUUUACAUUAAAAACUUGGCCAAGUGAGCAUAUUUAGAGGUUUAGUCAAUAGGUGGAUGCACUUUAGGAGUGGUUUGUGAGAUAUAUUUAGAUUUAUUCCGCAGAAAUAUAUGAAUUACAAAAAAACCUAGAUUUUUCUUUUAAAACAAUUAUUGGCUCAGUUUACAGAUGUAUAUAGAUUACAAUAUUACAGAAGAAUACCUAAUGGAAUGGAAGAUGGAGACAUCUAAACAAGCUUUUUGAGAUUAAGUCUCUGUUGUAAUAUAAUUUUGCAAAUGUGGGGGGAAAAAAAGUUUUAGUCCCAGCAAAAAAAAAAAAAAAAAAAAAAGUGUUUGUGAACAUCUGAGCACAGAUUAGUACAUUUUUAACAAAUUGCCUAGACUUGUAAUUCCUAGUUCAAAAAUAAAGAAAUCUUCACAGCUUUACAAAAAGUGGCACAGGCUUCAUAGUUCUUGUAUAAAACAUCUAAAACUUCAUAAUAACAGGAUAUGUCAUUUUGUUCUGAUUUUGUUUUAAAGUUUUUAUGUUGUGUCUAGGCAUGGGCCGGUCUCUCAUUUUAAGGAACGUCAUUCUAAAAACCUUUCCUUUUCAGUUAUGUCCAAUCUUGUAGCUCACAACAGUUAGUUAUAUUUCUAUAUUUGAAAUUGAGAAAUAUGUAAAAUAGUAUGUUAAAAAAAAUAGCACAAGGCAGAGAAGAAUGCAACAGAAAGUUACCUAAUAAUAACUUUAGGAAUCCCAAACUCAAACAUCAAUGCAAUUGGCACCAUGCAACAAUAUAAUACAAUACAACUGGCACAAAGGGCACAGUAGCACUAGUCUUGUUUUUCAAAGUUCAUAAAGUGAAAAUAUAUGUGAAAAUGUAUCUAGUGAGUUAGACAAAGUCAGUAAAAAUGUUGCCUGUAAGCAGAACCUUGGACACCUAAUAAACUGAUGCCCUCUGGAGAUUAUUAAAAAGCUGUAGCACUUAGGUGUUUUUUUUGUUUUGGGUUUUUUGCACCAUUCAGUUUCAAUUUCUAUUCUGGUUCAGACAAGUAUUGAUGUUCACAGGUAUGCAUCAACAUGUUCUUCCCAAAAACUUUGAUCAGAAAAGUUUACUGUAAAUUAGCAAGUCAUGCAGCAAUAGUGGAGGUCUACUUCCCUCCAAAUAUUGAGUCAGUGUUUCACCUACACUACAGUUAUGUAAAUGUCUUAACAGAGGAUACUAAAAAAAACACACAAAAAAAACAAAAAACACACAUGUUAAAAAAAGGCCUUAUCUUAUUUGAUAGACUUUAUAUUCACAAAAACAUCUGUGAUAUGCUUAAUGGUCUGGCUGUUUACUCCCUGCUUAAGCUAUCUGCUCGACCUGUGGCAUGAACUGUGUUGUGUUGUCCUCCCUCAGGUUUGGGUUUUUUCCGGUUCUUAUGAAACAAUUGAAAUAUGGGAAUCCCAGAUUUUCGCUGUGUCACAUUUAAGGUAAAAACCGUUUUCAGCCAGCUCAUUUCUAUGGAGCUCAUUCAUGUUUGUUACAUGGAUGAUCUAUUUGGCGAAAGUAUACCCCCAUCAUUAUUUUUUCUGUGUUGCUAAUAAGGUGCCAUUUUUUUAUUCAAGAAAAACAUAUUAUUUUAUUUCAUGCUUUCUGUGUAAAACAUGAACAAUUAAGAUAUCAUAUUUAUCUGAUAAAUAUGAUAUUUUCCAAUGAAUACAUUAUGAUUUUGGAAAAGCCUUGAUUUGGGAAGGGAACAUUUUUAUCAUGCAGUGUUUUCUCUUGUUAUGUUUGACCACCUAGUGACAAAUUAAAGGAAACCUUAAAACUUCUACUCUUGCUAAAAUGUGGCACCCACCACUCUAAUUAAACUUUAGGAAUUACCUUGUACAUCAGUGAAAUAAACCACAUACUGUGAAGCUGGCAACAUUACUUUACAAAAAGCCAAAGAUAAAACAUACAUAUUAUAUUAAUGACAUUUUGUGCAAAUUUAUGUGAAAUUUGAGCUUCUUUACCUUUUAUAAUUUUUUUGACAAAUACUUCAGAACUGGCUUAGCUCCCUGAUGUUUAACGCGACACAAAGAUAAAUGUCCAUUGAAUGCUUGAGAUUAAUUUAAAACUGCAUUCAAAACUGAAAGAUAUAAAUAUUAAUAAAAAAUGAGUAUAUAAAUUGGUUGUAAAUUCCCUUAAUGAUCUAAUUACGCUAAAGACACUGUUCUUUAGACUAUGUGUUCAUCAAAAUAUUUGAUAUAGGGAAAGAUUAAUAUAACAUUUUCAUACUUAAGGUAUGCUUUUAAAUUAAAGUCAGAUUAGAUCAGGCAUUUUUAUGAGUUUGUUUUAAACAUUAGUCUUAAUCCCAUGAUUAAGUAUUUCUCACACCGGCCCAUGCCUACUGCCACCGCGUCCAGCACCGUACUUAAAAGCCAGUAAAACACAAAGUGCACGCUUUGUUAUGAAAAGAAACAUGAACAAAUGUGUCUUAUACACGCUGCUGUUUAUAUGCUCAAAGGUAUGUCAAACAAUAGCACAUGUACGGAGCAUGUAGUGUAUACAUAUGGACAUUCUGGUCGGUCGGUAGACCUGAUACAGGCUGAAAUAAAGAUCUGCAGACAAUCUACACAGUUUGGGGAUUUCUGAGAUUACAUAUCCUUAAAUUAAAUUUUAUUUUUAGCAGUUUUGAUCUCUGAUUUAUCGAAUAUUCCUUAUUUUAAUUUU